UGGGCGGGCGCCGUCCCGCGCCGCGGCCAUGGCGGGAGCCGGAGGCGGCGGCUGCCCGGCGGGCAACGACUUCCAGUGGUGCUUCUCGCAGGUGAAGGGCGCCGUCGACGAGGACGUGGCGGAAGCUGACAUCAUUUCAACUGUUGAAUUUAAUUACUCUGGAGAUCUUCUUGCAACAGGAGACAAGGGCGGCAGAGUUGUUAUUUUUCAGCGGGAACAAGAGAAUAAAAUCCGCCCUCAUUCCAGGGGAGAAUAUAAUGUUUACAGUACCUUUCAAAGUCAUGAACCAGAGUUCGACUAUUUGAAAAGUCUAGAAAUUGAGGAAAAGAUUAAUAAAAUUAGGUGGCUGCCACAGCAGAAUGCUGCUCAUUUUCUACUGUCUACAAAUGAUAAAACUAUUAAAUUAUGGAAAAUAAGUGAACGGGAUAAAAGAGCAGAAGGUUAUAACUUGAAAGAUGAAGAUGGACGACUCCGAGACCCAUUUAGAAUCACAGCACUGCGGGUUCCAAUAUUGAAGCCCAUGGACCUCAUGGUAGAAGCAAGCCCACGACGAAUUUUUGCAAAUGCUCAUACGUAUCAUAUAAAUUCCAUUUCAGUAAAUAGUGAUCAUGAAACGUAUCUUUCUGCAGAUGACCUGAGAAUUAACCUGUGGCAUUUAGAAAUCACAGAUAGAAGUUUUAACAUCGUGGACAUCAAACCUGCCAACAUGGAGGAGCUGACGGAGGUGAUCACCGCCGCAGAGUUCCACCCACACCAGUGCAACGUGUUCGUGUACAGCAGCAGCAAAGGGACCAUCCGGCUGUGUGACAUGCGCUCCUCCGCCCUGUGCGACCGGCACUCUAAGUUUUUUGAAGAGCCUGAAGAUCCCAGUAGUAGGUCCUUCUUCUCAGAAAUAAUCUCAUCCAUAUCCGACGUCAAAUUCAGCCAUAGUGGUCGGUACAUGAUGACCCGAGAUUACCUGUCAGUGAAGGUGUGGGACCUCAACAUGGAGAGCAGGCCAGUGGAGACCCACCAGGUGCAUGAGUACCUGCGGAGCAAGCUCUGCUCCCUCUACGAGAACGACUGCAUCUUCGACAAGUUUGAGUGCUGCUGGAACGGGUCCGACAGUGCUGUCAUGACGGGCUCCUACAACAACUUCUUCAGGAUGUUCGACAGAAGCACGCGCAGGGAUGUCACCCUGGAAGCCUCAAGAGAGAGCAGCAAACCCCGAGCCAGCUUAAAGCCCCGGAAGGUUUGUGCAGGUGGGAAGAGGAAGAAGGACGAGAUCAGUGUGGACAGCCUGGACUUCAAUAAGAAGAUCCUCCACACAGCCUGGCACCCCGUGGACAACAUCAUUGCCGUGGCCGCCACCAACAACCUGUACAUAUUCCAGGACAAAGCCAACUGAGGGAGCCGGCGAGGCCUGUGCCGCAGCCCAGACGGCGUCAAGGAGCUCUGCGUUCAGAGCCUCAUGCCCUCCCAUAGAGCAAGAGCUGGCCUCCGUGCAUCCUGGCCUGGCCCUGCCUUCAGCCCAGGAGAGAAGGGUGCUGCUGCUCCAGAGCGGAGCCCACUGGGAGCAGAACUGCUGGACAUUGCUCAAUAAAGGCCAUUACUCAAAUAAAUAUAUUUAUUUAAGUCUGA